CCCAGAUCCAACUGGCCCGAGAUGGAGGCCGUCGUGGACAUGUUCGCCACCACCGACCGCGAGUGGGGGUCCUGGUCCUCUCCCUCGUCGUCCUAGACCCCGGACGCGGCGGCAUCUGGCUGAGCCACCGGACGCGACGCCGGCUUGUCUUCAUCGUCUUCUCCUUCGUCGUCACCAACCACGACGCCGGCUCUGUCAUCUCUGGCCGCGGGUAAUCCAGCUAUAUCAGCCACCAGCGAUGGUGACGGCGAGGCUAGAGGCCGCCGGAUCCGGGAUCAGGGCGGCGCCCAUCUCGAUCGAGCAGUUCCACCGGGCUCUCCUCUCGCCGCUGCACCGUCUCCAUCGAGAUUUGGUGCUCCUCACCCGACCCACCCCGCUCGUCCCCGCGCUCUUCGUCAUCGGUGACUCCACAUUCGACGUCGGCACCAACAACUACCUCGGCACGCUCGCCCGCGCCGAUCGCGAGCCCUACGGGCGGGACUUCGACACCCACCGCCCCACAGGACGCUUCUCCAAUGGCCGCAUCCCCGUCGACUACCUCGCGGAGAAGAUGGGGCUUCCCUUCGUGCCUACGUACCUGGAGCAGAGCAUGCGCAUCGGCAGCGGCGGUGUUGGCCUCAAGAGAAGGGAGCUGGCGGGGAGGCCUGGGACGUGGGGUGGGCUCUGCCUGCGGCUCGGCCAGGCCGCGCUUGCCGCCGCCUCCCUCGCCGUCAUGUUUAAUCAUGAGGGGCUUUGCUAA